UUACUAUAAAUACUACUACAAACAAGUUGUCCAUCUAAACGUGAUCAGCAAUGUUACACAAGACAAUAUUGACAGGGGUUGUGCUGUGUGCAUACAUUGCAUGGCUUGGUUUGGAUGUGGAUGGCAAAUCUAGCAAGUGGAGCAAAUGGACGCCAUGUUCUUUGUCAUGUGGAGGUGGGACACGAUUCCGUGUCCGUUCCCAGACCAACCCAGCAUCAGCAAAUGGCGGCCAAAAAUGUACUGGGGGCUACAAGGUGGAGAAUCAGACCUGCAACUCUCAGCCAUGCCCUG